ACGUCCGCUCUGAGCGUUCUGUUCGUUCAUGUUUUUGUGCGCAUCGGCCGGUGGAACAUUUGCUAGGACAAGUAAGUCUUUGCUGACAGAAACAGAAUGAUCAACCGUUUCUCCUAGCUGCUCUGGAUCGCGCGCAGCUGACGCUUGUGAGCGCGGCGAGCGCCAGUCUCGCGUGCAAACAUGAACGCAGCGAUAUCGAAGUUCGUUCAGAAGAAGGUCGUCUACCCCGGUGUCGGCGAGAUCCCACGCUUCGAGAAAGGUGCCAAGUGCACGUUUCACUUUUGCGUGAAGCGCCUAAGCACCGACGAUGACGAUCCUGACGGUGUUAUCGACGACAGCCGCAAGCUUGGGCGCCCCAUGGAACUGCUCAUAGGCAAGGAGUUCAAACUACCCAUUUGGGAGCAGUGCAUAAAAUCUAUGAAGGUUAAGGAGGUCGCCGAGUUCACGAUAAACAAAUGUUUGCUGGACAACUACACGCUCGUGUCGCAGAGCUACCGAGCCUUCGCGGGCGUCGGAAAGCCGCACAAACGCAGGUGUUGCGGCAUGAUGGAGGAGAAGUUCACCACUGGUCACGAAGACCUUGAUAAGUUGGCGGAGAAACUAGUGGACUUAUCGUGCACCUUCGAACUGGUCAAAGUGGAAGAGCCGGGUGAAUACGAAAAGGACGUCUGGGCGAUGACGGCCGAAGAGAGGCUAAGUGCUGUACCUACCCUGAAGGAGCAGGGCAAUCAAGCUUUUCAAGCGGGCGACAUGGACACAGCCAUGAACAAGUACCGGGAAGCCCUGGAGCACUUGGAAAACUUGCUGCUUCGCGAGAAACCUGGCGACGAAGAGUGGAACGAAUUGUACAGAAUGAAAGUGCCGAUCCUUCUGAACUACUCGCAGUGCCUCCUUAAUCAGGGUGAAUACUACGAAGUCAUACGUCACACUUCCGAAGUGCUCAGUAAGGAUCCCAACAACGCGAAGGCCCUGUUCCGGCGGGCGAAGGCCUACUUCGGAUCUUGGAGUCCGCAUGAGUGUCGCGCGGAUCUGCUGAAACUUCAGGAGGCCGACCCGUCCCUUUCCAAGGUUGUGAGCAACGAGCUCAAGAAGCUCGAAGCUGAAGAAAAGAAAAAGAACAAGGAGGACAGUACCAAACUGAUGAGCAUGUUCAAGUGAGCAACUGUGUCGUGCCUGUACAUGCAAGUUCUCUGAGAAUGGCCGCGUAUGCGCGCAAAAGAGCUUUUCGUGCUAGUCGAGGUUGAAGAAAAUAAAUUUAUACUAUUUGUUAGCAA